AUGGGGAAGGACUACGUUAAAAGUGUCUCAAAAGAGUUUGACAAUUUCAUUGGGUGCAAAUACACCCUUCCAAAGAAAGUCGAAGAAGUGACUGAUCGCAUUCGAACGAAUUAUAAUAAGUUCAGUGUGAUCUAUACUCUUUUUGCUGUCUUAGCCUUUUUCAUAGCUACUUUAAUUACUAAGGAGUUCUAUGCCGUGUUCAUCGCGUUCUUAGUCUUCUGUUGUGUGUCUAUUAUUAUAGGUGAAGUGAAGCCAGAAGUCCCUAUUGGAGAUAAGAAAUAUAAAGUUAAGAAAUACUACGCAUAUAUUGCUACUAUCAUCAUAACUCUCGCUGUAGCUUACUAUACUAAAACUAUGCCUACUCUCACUAAAACUGUCGGCAUCACUCUCACUUUACUCACAACACACAGCAUCUUCGCACAAAUCUCGUUGAUCGAGAAAUGCUAA